UCCUUCACUCCUCCUCCCAUUCCUUCCCCGGAGCCUCAGCUCUGCAGAGCAGUGUCGUCCUGAGCACGCAUUCAGAUGGGACCUCUGGCAGCACUUGUCGCGCUAGUUUGCUUCGCCGUUCCAGUGUGUGGAGACAUGGGAUCAUGCAAUGCUCUGAGGAACCUGGACAACGGACAGACAUUCUUCCGUUAUGGUGGACUGCUGGUGAUCUUCCAGUGUAAUCCUGGUUACAAACUCCAUGGAUAUAAAAGCAACAGCUGUGUGUCUGGACACUGGUCCCGGGACCCGCCAGUCUGUGUUGGCUCCGGCUGCUCCGACCCUGGAGAGAUCAUCCAUGGAACGAGCAGUGUGAAUCAGGAUGGCUCCUGGGCAGUGUACAGCUGUAACAGUGGCUUUCACUUACAUGGGCCCUCCAUGUUAUACUGCAAGGGCCACUCCUGGAACAGCACAAAGCCUGUAUGCAAAGAGACAGACAUAAUGAGCUCAGUUUCAAGCAUCAACGUGGGAAAAUCAAACUCUUACCAGAACCUGCAGUCCUCUGCAGGUGUGAAGAGCCGACAACAUUCCCACUCUGACAUUGUGACAAAGGCAGCCUCUAAAGAAGUGGACGUCAAAUUUGGUCUAUUACCAAGCACACCAACUAGUUUGUUCAACAGUGAAAGAAUGAAUGUUAUCACAACAGAAAUUCCCCCGAAGACGCAUGAUCACAUUACAAGUUUAAAAGCCCACGAUGUGGUCCAGGCAAACCAAGGAAGUGGGAAACGUGGCUCAGAGGUCACAAUGUCACGGGAAGAAGUAGGAAAGAUGGAGGAAGUUACACAAAUUUCUGCCACAAAACACAGUUUAUCCAUCACUGUCUCAUCUGCCUUGUCAUCAGCGUCAGAAACAGAGCAUUCAACAUUUUCGCCAUCAUCAUUUUCUUCCACCCAUGCACCAGCUGUCACUACUUCCACAAAUGUUGCUCUCAGGCAAACCUCACUGCGUCAUUACACCAACGUUUCUCUUCCCGUGCUUGGAUUUAAAGAAGCUGCUCCGUCUCAAGAUAACGUAACUCCCUCUGAAGUAGUAACGGCUGGAAACAAAGUCCAACAGGCUGAAAGUGGCUUCAAGUCUCCUUUUCUGCCUCAAACUCAGUUCAUAGAGCAAAAUAAAGCCACUGAUCAAUCACAUGAGACAACUUUGGAUUUUUCCACUUCAUCCCCAGCAACCUCAGCAUUUCUCCGCUUCACCCUGUCAAAUAUGAAAUCACAGCUGCCUGAUGGGAACGCUGUUCCUUCAUAUAUCUCCAACAACACUGACUUGAGAUCUACAAGGACUGAAAACAACAACUUUACAAUGACCUUCAAACCAAUUUCACCUUUUCUGAACGUCAGCAGACAACCUGUGUGCCCAUACCCUCCUGUUCCUGCUCAUGGGACUUAUUACUUUUAUAAUGUUGAAAAUCCAGGCCCUCGAGAAUCCAGACAAUAUAUUCAAUAUACUUGCUACCCCGGAUAUACUCUGGCUCAUGGAGAUGUGCACAGUUACUGCCAGCAAGGAGGGACCUGGAGCGGAGUCACACCUGUUUGUCUGGAUUUGACACCAUGUUCAAUCAACAAUGGAGGCUGUUCCCAGCUGUGCUCUCCCUCCCAGAUGUACAAUCAGAGCUCCAAUCAGACACAGACCACAGUUAAGUGUCACUGCAAACCUGGAUUUACUCUGCUGGAUGACGGUCUAACAUGUCGAGAUGUUGAUGAGUGUCUGCUGCCUGUGGCUGUCACACGCUGUAUUUUUGGAUGUAUUAACUCUCCAGGGAGCUUCCACUGCCUCUGUCCAGCCGGCUACAGACAACACACUGCAUAUGGGCAUUGUCAAGAUAUAGACGAGUGUGCUGUUAAUCUGGGACUCGGGCCAUGUCUGCAGCGGUGCCACAACUCACCAGGAUCCUACAGAUGUUCCUGCACGUUCGGGCACAUCUUGGCUGGAGACGGACACAGCUGCAUUGCAGAGUGUCCAGCUGGAUACAGGAAACAACCGACCACACCGCCUGAAAAUUCAACAACACCAUCUCUAAACCAGAAGUGCUUAGAUAUAAAUGAGUGCCUGGAAGAAACGUGUGAGUGGCAGUGUAUAAACUUGCCAGGUUCCCACCGUUGUAUCUGCCCUCGUGGAUACACACUCCAAAAGGAUGGCCAGCGAUGCAAGGAUGUUAAUGAGUGCAGUCGGGAGAAUGGAGGUUGCUCCCAUUUGUGUGUGAAUAGAAGAGGAGGGCAUAAAUGUGCCUGUCCAGCCUCCCAUCGUCUGUCUCCCUACAGCUGGAAGACAUGCCUGCCAAGGGAAACAGCAAACACUGCAGGCUGAGCAUCAAAGCAUCUCUGUCAGGCCUGAGACUGGCAUCCUACUGUAGGCUGGAGUAUGCUCUCUGUAAAUGCUCAAUAUUCUACUGUCUGUAUUUUGUAUUUCACAUAAUGAGAAAGUCAUGUACUGAAUAAUCUGAAUAAUUUAUAAUCAUUUCUACUCUUUUGUUCAGGUAAUCAUUAAACAUUUUUUUCUAUUUUUCUUUAGCUCAGUUUCUCUAUGAAAAUAAGCAGCCCUGAUUAGGAUUAUCACUAAAAUGUGUUUUUUUGUUGUUAAUUUAUAAGCAUAGUCCCUUCAAGCAAAAGCUAAUAUGUAUGACAUUUCUCACAAGACCAUGUUAUCUUAUUGAUUCUUUUAUGGUUUUAUAGUUGCAGUUUGAUGGUCUGAAGCAUCCAAGUCUGUGUUAACACAAUGCCUAAAAGGAAAGACAUCAGGGAUCUUAGUGAUUGAACUGUUGCUGCCAAUCUGAAAGUUACAAGAGCAGGAAAGAUAACAUUGAAUCCAGCAGCUUUCCAGGCAUCUCAGACUUUACAUGCCCUUACUUAGCAUGUUAACUGAUACAGGUUAUAACAUUUUAAUUAGAAAAAGCCUGCACAAGCAUGGCUUGUUUUGAAGGCUUCUAUUUAAAACAAACAGCACAGUUUCAGUUUUUAAAGAAUCUGGAUAAACCAACAUACUUAAAGGAAUAUGUAUUUUAUAUUUUUUAUGUGGAAUAUGUGGUUCGACUAAAGUUGUAUUCACCAAAUUUAAGAACCUGGUAGGGACCAGAUGAUUUUAUGUUAGAGUUGAUUGAGGUGAAUUUCUGUUAAGAUGAAUAUCCAGUACAACCUCAAUAGAUUAAAAAAAAAAACUCUCUUACUUCCUAUUCAAUGAUUAAGAAGCAUCUAGGUAACGCAUAUCAUUUACAAUCAGCACAGCAGUCAUUUUAGUUGUGCACGUGAAGACCACACAGCAUCGAAGUUGAUGAGAUGUUGAGCAGUAAAUAUCUCAAUUUAUUGCAAACUUCACUCUGUAAUAAUGCCCAUUUGGAGGUUCCUAUAAUUAUUAAAGCAGACGUGUGCUGUUAUAACAGAAAUAUAUUUAUUUUCACUCAAGAUAAAGGAAAAAAAACAAUAUUGAGGUAAUAUGACUUGACAUAUCUGUUACAUGACCACAGAGUAACAUUCAAAGGCAGACUGAUGGACAGAUUUUCAUUCGCUGUAAAAUA